AUGGCUGUUCAAACACUCCAAGAUCCUGGCGAGGUCUUUCAAGCCAUCGAGAGCGGCAAGCCCACCGUCAUCCAUUACUGGGCUCCCUGGAUGGGACCGGAAUCGCCACUCGCUCCCAUUUUCUACAGCCAGGCUGAAGACCACGAUGCGUUGAGCAUUUACAUUGUCGAUUCUGGCUUUAUUCAUCCCGAACAUUCACCGGAUGAAAUGCCCUUAACGGUCUUCUAUAGAGAUGGCAAGGAGGUAGACACGGCUGCAUUCGAUCCGGGCGAGAUCGAAGAACUUUUCCAGAGGAACACAUGA